CAUGUGGAGAAUGAGGAUCAGUACACCCAGGCCCUCGAGAAGUUUGGGGAGAACUGUGUCUACAGGGACGACCCCGACCUGGGCUCUGCCUUCCUCAAGUUCUCUGUCUUCACCAAGGAGCUCACCGCCCUCUUCAAAAACCUGGUGAGAGGAAAGACUGAGAUGUUGUUCUGUUAUGCACCUUCAAACUAAGUAUUUGUUCUGACUGAUGAAAAGACUAAUAGCUUGAGGAAUUUGGGAUUAAAUAAGCUUGAGGAAUUUGGUCAGUUCUUGAGACAACACAGAUUAAAUCAACAGUGAAUUUGCUCUCUGUGUAAUUUGACGUUGUUCCUGUUGUGAGGCAAAAUUCUCUAGAAUGGCUGUCAGGUGUUUCUAAUAAAGCUUUAGGGUUGUUUGAAUCUGUAUUGGAGUCAAAGCAGAAUCUGAGUAAAUUGGAUCCAGCAGAUAUUUGGUCUCCAAGUAGCACUUUGGAAGCUGUGAUGGAAAACUGAUCUACCCCAAAGGCCUCCCAUUCCAGAUUACAUUCUGACCCCAGGGGAUACACACACAAUUAGAGCAGGAUGAUAGUAUUUGUGGCCCUCGGGUAGGAAUUCCACACACAAAUAUGCAGUGUUUCCCCUAUAUUCAUUUAGUAGCGGUGGCCUGCCGCUGCUAAAUCGUUCCCACCGCUGCAAGAAAUAUGUAAUUUGUUUUAUUUGAAAAUAUACAGUGCCUUCGGAAAGUAUUCAGACCCCUUGACUUUUUCCACAUUUUGUUACGUUACAGCCUCAUUCUAAAAUGGAAUACAAAUGUAAAUGUUUUCCUCAUCAAUCUACACAAUACCCCAUAAUGACAAAGCGAAUACAGGUUUUUAGUCUGACAGAGCUCUAGAGUUCCUCUGUGGAGAUGGGAGAACCUUCCAGAGGGACAACCAUCUCUGCAGCACUCCACCAAUCAGGCCUUUAUGGUAAAGUGGCCAGACGGAAGCCACUCCUCAGUAAAAGGCACAUGACAGCCCGCUUGGAGUUUGCCAAAAGGUACCUAAAGGACUCUCAGACCAUGAGAAACAAGGUUCUCUGGUCUGAUGAAACCAAGAUUGAACUCUUUGACCUAAAUGUCAAGCGUCACGUCUGGAGGAAACCUGGCACCAUCCCGACGGUGAAGCAUGGUGGUGGCAGCAUCAUGUUGUGGGGAUGUUUUUCAGCAGCAGGGACUGGGAGACUAGUCAGGAUCGAGGGAAAGAUCAAUGGAGCAAAGUACAGAGAGAUCCUUGAUGAAAACCUGCUCCAGAGCGUUCAUUACCUCAGACUGGGGCGAAGGUUCACCUUCCAACAGGACAAUGACCCUAAGCACACAGCCAAGACAACGCAGGAGUGGCUUCAGGACAAGUCUCUGAAUGUCCUUGAGUGGCCCAGCCAGAGCCCGGACUUGAACCCGAUAUAACAUCUCUGGAGAGACCUGAAAAUAGCUGUACAGCGACACUCCCCAUCCAGCCAUGCUGGUUAAGUGUGCCUUGAAUUCUAAAUAAAUCACAGACAGUGUCACCAGCAAAGCACCACCACACCAUAACACCUCCUCCUCCAUUCUUUACGGUGGGAACUACAAAUGCGGAGAUCAUCCGUUCACUCACACCGCGUCUCACAAAGACACAGCGGUUCGAACCAAAAAUCUCCAAUUUGGAAUCCAGACCAAAUUACAAAUUCCACCGAUCUAAUGUCCAUUACUCAUGUUUCUUGGCCCAAGCAGGUCUCUUCUUCUUAUUGUUGUCCUUUAGUAGUGGUUUCUGUGCAGCAAUUCGACCAUGAAGGCCUGAUUCACAUGAUCACCCUCUGAACAGUUGAUGUUGAGAUGUGUCUGUGACUUGAACUCUGAAGCAUUUAUUUGGGCUGCAAUUUCUGAGGCUGGUUACUCUAAUGAACUUAUCCUCUGCAGCAGAGGUAACUCUGGGUCUUCCAUUCCUGUGGCGGUCCUCAUGAGAGCUAGUUUCAUCAUAGCGCUUGAUGGCUUUUGCGACUGCAACUUUCAAAGUUCUUGACAUUUUCCGUAUUGACUGACCUUCAUGUCUUAAAGUAAUGAUGGACUGUCGUUUCUCUUUGCUUAUUUGAGCUGUUCUUGCCAUAAUAUGGACUUGGUCUUUUACCAAAUAGGUCUAACUUCUGUAUACCCCCACUUACCUUGUCACAACACAACUGAUUGGCUCAAACGCAUUAAGAAGGAAAGAAAUUCCACAAACUAACUUUUAAGAAGGCACACCUGUUUAUUGAAAUGCAUUCCAGGUGACUACCUCAUGAAGCUGGUUGAGAUAAUGCCAAGAGUGUGCAAAGCUGUCAUCAAGGCAAAGGGUGGCUAUUUGAAGAAUCUCAAAUAUAAAAUAUAUUUUGAUUUGUUUAACACUUUUUUUGGUUACUACAUGUUUCCAUAUGUGUUAUUUCAUAGUUUUGAUGUCUUCACUAUUAUUCUACAAUGUAGAAAAUAGUAAAAAUAAAGAAAAACCCUUGAAAAAGUAGGUGUGUCCAAACUUUUGACUGGUACUGUAUAUACACACACAAACAAACAGAACACACACACACAGAACACACAACCAGCUAAGGUGAGGACAUUUAAACAGCACACUUAAUCUCUGGUUGUCUCUGUUCACCCAUGCUUGUGUUAAACCCUCUCUGACGUAAGCUUCUCUUCACUGUGUCCAUUCAGUUCCAGAACAUGAACAACAUCAUCACCUUCCCUCUGGACAGCCUGCUGAAAGGUGACCUGAAAGGAGUCAAAGGGGUGAGGAACACUAUCCUCAAUGUCUUUCUUUUAGACACACACACACACACACUAUCCAUGUCUUUGCUACGCACGGCACACACACACACACACACACACACACACACACACACACACACACACACACACACACUAUCCUCCAUGUCUUUGUUACGCACUGCACACACACACACACACACACACACUAUCCUCCAUGUCUUUGUUACGCACUGCACACACACACACACACACACACACAAACACACACACUAUCCUCAAUGUCUUUCUGUUGGACUGUGUGGUGUUUAUCAGACCUCCAUAGGGAUUUGUAUGAAGGUAAAGGCUCUCCUAUUACCCUGCUGUACUGUGGUAACUCAAGCUUCUAUUUGUGUGAUGGUAAUUACUAGGUACUAGGUAUGUUUUGUUCCUGGUAGAGAACAGAGAAGGUGUGUGACGUGUGUUUUCCUGCUGGUACAGUGUGACCUCAGACCCCAUGAUUUCCUGUGUGUGUGUUGGGGGUGGAAACUAUAAACAGCGUACCACUCUUGCACUAGCUAACACAUUAACUACACUCCAUCACACAUGUAUUUGUAUUUAUUAUGGAUCCCAAUUAUUUGCUGCCAAUGUAGCAGCUACUCUUCCUGGGGUCCAGCAAAAUUAAGGCAGUUAUCACAUUUCUUAAACAUUACAAUGCAUUCAUAACAGAUUUCACAACACAUUGUGUGCCCUCAGGCCCCUACUCUACGACCACAUAUCUACAACACAAAAUCCAUGUGUACGUGUGUGUAUAGUGCUUAUGUUAUCGUGUGUGUAUGCAUGUGUCUGUGCCUACAGUGCAUUCGGAAAGUAUUCAGACCUCUUCCUUUUUUCCACGUUUUGUUACGUUACAGACUUAUUCUAAAAUUGAUUAAAAUCUACACACAGUACCCCAUAAUGACAAAGUGAAAACAGGUUUUUAGAUUCUUUUGCACAUUUAUUACAAAUAAUAACAAAAAUACCUUAUUUACAUAAGUAUUCAGACCCUUUGCUAUGAGACUCGAAAUUGAGCUCAGGUGCAUCCUGUUUCCAUUGAUCUUCCUUGAGAUGUUUCUACAACUUAAUUGGAGUCCACCUGUGGUAAAUUAAAUUUAUUGGACAUGAUUUGGAAAGUCACACACCUGUCUAUUUAACGUCACACAGUUGACAGUGCAUGUCAGAGCAAGAACCAAGCCAUGAGGUCGAAGGAAUUGUCCGUAGAGCUCCAAGACAGGAUUGUGUCAAGGCACAGAUCUGGGGAAGGGAACCAAAACAUUUCAAGUUCGGAACCACCAAGACUCUUCCUAGAGCUGGCCGCCCGGCAAAACUGAGCAUUCUGGGGAGAAGGGCCUUGGUCAGGGAGGUGACCAAGAACCCGAUGGUCACUCUGACAGAGCUCCAGAGUUCCUCUGUGGAGAUGGGAGAACCUUCCAGAAGGACAACCGUCUCUGCAGCACUCCACCAAUCAGGUCUUUAUGGUAGAGUGGCCAGACGGAAUCCACUCCUCAGUAAAAGGCACAUGACAGCACGCUUGGAGUUUGCCAAAAGGUACCUAAAGGACUCUCAGACCAUGAGAAACAAGAUUCUCUGGUCUGAUAAGACCAAGAUUGAACUCUUUGGCCUGAAUGCCAAGCAUCACGUCUGGAGUAAACCUGGCACCAUCCCUACGGUGAAGCAUGGUGGUGGGCUGCAUUAGGUUGUGGGGAUGUUUUUCAGCGGCAGGGACUGGGGAGACUAGUCAGGAUCGAGGGAAAGAUGAACGCAGCAAAGUACAGGGAGAUCCUUGAUGAAAACCUGCUCCUGAGCAUUCAGGACCUGACUGGGGCGAAGGUUCACCUUCCAAAAGGACAAUGACCCUAAGCACACAGCCAAGACAACGCAGGAGUGGCUUCGGGACAAGUCUCUGAAUGUCCUUGAGUGGACCAGCCAGAGCCCGGACUUGAACCCAAUCUAACAUCUUUGGAGAGACCUGAAAAUAGCUGUGCAGCGACGCUCCCCAUCCAACCUGACAGAGCUUGAGAGGAUCUGCAGAGAAGAAUAGGAGAAACUCCCCAAAUACAGGUGUGCCAAGCUUGUAGCGUCAUACCCAAGAAGACUCGAGGCUGUAAUCGCUGCCUAAGGUGCUUCAACAAAGUACUGAGUAAAGGGUCUGAAUACUUAUGUAAAUGUCAUAUUUCAGUUAUGUCUAAAAACCUGCUUUUGCUUUGUCAUUAUGGGGUAUUGUAUGUAGAUUGAGGGGUAAAAAACAAUUUAAUCAAUUUUAGAAUAAGGCUGUAAUGUUACAAUGUGGAAAAAGUGAAGGGGUCUGAAUACUUUCCUUAUGCACUGUAUGUUUGUGUUACUUCACAGUCCCCGCUGUUCCAUAAGGUGUAUUUUUAUGUUUUUUAAAUCAAAUUUUACUGCUUGCAUGAAUUACUUGAUGUGGAAUAGAGUUCCAUGUAGUCAUGGCUCUAUGUAGUACUGUGUGCCUCCCAUAGUCUGUUCUGGACUUAGGGACUGUGAAGAGACCUCUGGUGGCAUGUCUUGUGGGGUAUGCAUGGGUGUCCGAGCUGUGUGCCAGUAGUUCAAACAGACAGCUCGGUGUCAAUACCUCUCACAAAUGCAAGUAGUGAUGAAGUCAAUCUCUCCUCCACUUUGAGCCAGGAGAGAUUGACAUGCAUAUUAUUAAUGUUAGCUCUCUGUGUACAUCCAAGGGCCAGCCGUGCUGCCCUGUUUUGAGCCAAUUGCAAUUUCCCUGUAAAGUCUGGGACCAGCGCACUCAUUCUACUAGCUCCAGGACAAACCAGUUAGCCAGUCAGUGUGUGAUGGGGCAGACCGCAUACUGCAGGAAUGCAAUCAGAAUCCUGUCUAUAUCAAUGGGAGGUCGGCCCCAGACACCCCUCCAGUCUGCCAGGUCUCUAAUCCCAUCAGCACUCAUUACUGUCUGCUCUGACCUCUGACCUCUGCACUGCAACCACGUGGGUCAUAAGUGCCACUGCCUGAUGUGUGCUAGCACUAAUGAGGCUGUUCCCUCUCUAAGGCUGUUCUCUCUCUCUCUCUCUCUCUCUCUCUCUCUCUCUCUCUGUCUCUGUCUCUGUCUCUCUCUGUCUCGUUCAUUCUCUCUCUCUCCUCUCUCUCUCUCUCUCUCUCUCUCUCUCUCUCUCUCUCUCUCUCUCUCUCUCUCUCUCUCUCUCUCUCUCUCUCUCUCUCUCUCUCCUUAGAGAGACUAGCUCGCUAGCUAGUCCCUAGUUACCCCAUGGCUUCUCAUUACUCUUACAUUCUCCAAGGACUUUUGCUUUCUUGGAGGACACUCUUGUUUCUGUCCCUUGCCCUCUCCCUCUCUGUCUUUCUCUCUCUCCGUUGUAACUUUGGCAUCUACAGGCUACAUCAGACUUGUGUACAGAGCCUCUCUCGACUGACAGAGAGGGAAGCGGUAGUCCUCUGAACUGUGAACACUGACAGAGAGGGAGAAGCAAUGGUGCAGAUCUGCUCACUACCCCACUGGUGACUCUCAUUACACUCCUGACAUGGGGCUAAUGGGGUGCUAGUCAUGGUGCUUUGUGCUCUGACUCAUUUAUCCUGUCUAUCCAUUACCACUGCGGGGCGGAGGGAGGGAGGAAGGAAGGGAGGGAGGGAGGGGAGACAGAAAGUGUGUGUGUGUGUGUGUGUGUGUGUGUGUGUGUGUGUGUGUGUGUGUGUGUGUGUGUGUGUGUGUGUGUGUGUGUGUGUGUGUGUGUGUGUGAGAGAGACAGACAGAAAGAGUGACAAUGAAAGACUUUCCAUCUCCAGCUUGCAAUGCAUACCGUUCCCCAUCUCUCAACUACACCGCCACUUUCUCCAUUAUUAUUCUUCCUCUCCUCUCCCAGGGGAAGUACCUGUGGAGAACAGGAGGAAGGCGUCUAGACCAGCCUGAGUAG